AUGGAGCCCCUGGCGCUGCUCGUUCAGCGCUUCGCCGCGUUUCGAGUGCUGUGUCCCCGUGCCGCUCCUAGUCCAGUGCCGCUCCAGUGGGAUUGGCAGUCGUGCAGGCUCCUGUCGCUGCUUUUACCCGCCUGUUUUUCAGGGUCGCGAGCUGGGAAAACAACUCUUCUAAAUUACAUACUGACAGAACAGCAUAGUAAAAGAAUAGCAGUUAUUCUGAAUGAGUUUGGAGAAGGAAGUGCCUUGGAGAAAUCCCUGGCCAUCAGUCAAGGGGGAGAACUCUAUGAAGAAUGGCUGGAGCUCAGAAAUGGCUGCCUGUGCUGUUCAGUAAAGGACAAUGGUGUGAAGGCGAUUGAGAACCUGAUGCAAAGGAGAGGGAAAUUUGACUAUAUAUUGUUAGAAACAACUGGUUUGGCGGAUCCAGGAGCUGUGGCCUCCAUGUUCUGGGUUGAUUCUGAGCUGGGAAGUGACAUCUAUCUUGAUGGUAUUGUGUCUGUUGUUGAUGCAAAGCAUGGAUUGCAG